CCUCCCAGUCUCCCCCGCGCUUCCUGCACUAAGACGGUCAUAGCCGCGUCCCCUUUCUCCGCUCGCUCGCGCAGGCAGUGCCAUGGCGGCCUUCAGCAAGUACUUGACGGCGCGGAACUCCUCGCUGGCGGGGGCCGCGCUCUUGCUGCUCUACCUGCUCCGUAAGCGGCGCCGCGCCCUCGGCCUGCACGGUAAGAAAAGUGGAAAACCACCAUUACAGAACAAUGAGAAAGAGGGAAAAAAGGAGCGAGCUAUGGUGGACAAGGUGUUUUUUUCAAGGCUCACACGGAUUCUGAAAAUUAUGGUCCCUAGAACAUUUUGUAAAGAGACAGGUUACUUGAUACUUAUUGCUGUUAUGCUGGUGUCUCGAACAUAUUGUGAUGUUUGGAUGAUUCAAAAUGGGACACUCAUUGAAAGUUGUAUCAUUGGUCGUAGCAGAAAAGAUUUCAAGAGAUACUUAUUCAACUUCAUUGCUGCCAUGCCUCUCAUCUCUCUGGUUAAUAACUUCUUGAAGUUUGGGUUAAACGAGCUCAAACUGUGCUUCCGAGUAAGGCUAACUAAAUACCUCUAUGAGGAGUAUCUCCAAGCUUUCACGUAUUAUAAAAUGGGAAAUCUGGACAACAGAAUAGCUAACCCAGACCAGCUGCUUACACAAGAUGUAGAAAAAUUUUGUAACAGUGUAGUUGAUCUGUAUUCAAAUCUUAGUAAGCCAUUUUUAGACAUAGUUUUGUAUAUCUUCAAGUUAACGAGUGCAAUAGGAGCUCAGGGUCCAGCAAGCAUGAUGGCCUACCUGCUGGUUUCUGGACUAUUCCUAACUCGACUUAGAAGACCUAUUAGUAAGAUGACAAUAACUGAGCAAAAGUAUGAAGGGGAGUAUAGAUACGUUAAUUCCCGGCUCAUCACAAACAGUGAAGAAGUUGCCUUUUACAAUGGGAACAAAAGAGAACAACAGACAAUCUACACAGUCUUCCAGAAGCUGGUGGAACACCUACAUACUUUCAUUUUGUUUCGGUUUUCUAUGGGCUUCAUUGAUAGCAUAAUUGCCAAAUAUUUUGCCACUGUUGUUGGUUACCUAGUUGUCAGUCAUCCUUUCUUAGAUUUAUCUCAUCCUCGACAUGUCAAGAGUACGCAUUCAGAACUUAUGGAGGAUUACUACCAAAGUGGAAGGAUGCUUUUGCGAAUGUCUCAAGCUCUGGGUCGAAUAGUUUUGGCUGGCCGUGAAAUGACUAGAUUGGCUGGUUUUACUGCUCGGAUUUCAGAAUUGAUGCAAGUACUAAAGGAUUUAAAUCAUGGAAAAUAUGAACGCACAAUGGUCUCGCAACAGGAAAAGGGUAUUGAAGGAGCACAAGUCAUUCCCUUGAUACCUGGUGCUGGAGAAAUCAUCAGUGCUGAUAACAUUAUAAAAUUUGAUCAUGUUCCUUUAGCAACGCCAAAUGGAGAUAUCUUGAUCCGAGACCUUAAUUUUGAAGUUCGCUCUGGGGCCAAUGUUCUAAUUUGUGGUCCAAAUGGCUGUGGGAAGAGUUCACUUUUCCGUGUUCUUGGUGAAUUAUGGCCUCUUUUUGGAGGACGUCUAACUAAACCUGAGAGAGGAAAGUUAUUUUAUGUUCCUCAAAGACCUUAUAUGACUCUUGGAACACUUCGAGACCAAGUGAUAUAUCCAGAUGGAAGAGAAGAUCAGAAAAGGAAGGGGAUAUCUGACCUUGUACUGAAGGAAUACUUAGAUAAUGUCCAGUUGAGUCAUAUCCUUGAACGUGAAGGAGGCUGGGACAGUGUUCAGGAUUGGAUGGAUGUACUCAGUGGUGGAGAGAAGCAAAGAAUGGCAAUGGCAAGAUUAUUUUAUCAUAAACCCCAGUUUGCCAUUUUAGAUGAAUGCACAAGUGCAGUUAGUGUGGACGUGGAAGGCUACAUUUAUAGUCAUUGUCGAGAGGUCGGUAUCACCCUCUUCACUGUGUCACACAGGAAGUCUCUUUGGAAACACCAUGAGUACUACCUCCACAUGGAUGGCAGAGGCAAUUAUGAAUUUAAACAGAUAACAGAAGAUACAGUUGAAUUUGGCUCUUAGAAUCCGGAGGACUGUACCUGCUUCAAGGAAAUCAUUAACACACUUAGAAAUACAAAGUACAUUGUAAAUUAAAGUUCAGCUUUUUUUUUUUUUUAAACAAAGCAGCAAAUUAUAAAAUAAUUGAGAACAAGUUGUUAAAAAGUUUAAUAUUAGAUAGAAUAUUGCUAUUUGUGUAUAUGUUGAUUUAAUUAUUAAUAUGUACUAAGAACGACCUUAUUCUUGUGGUUAAAAAACUGCCUAAAUUAAAUUGGGCUUAAAUCAGUGUAACCUGAUUCAUCCUGAAGUGAGCUAAUUUGACUUUUAUGGCUCUAUCUUUUGCUUCAAUGAAGAAUCUUGUUUAAAACUGGAGUCAUCACUUGUCCUGUGCUAACAAGAUUGUCUUGAGAUUGAUUUUCUUGUGCCCCAUGAUGGUGGGAAACAAAUCAUAGUCUAUUAUCAAAAUGUACAGCGUCAUUGCAAAAUAGCAUUUAUUCCACAGUGGCAAAUUUCUUUAGCUGUCACAGUUAUACUCAUCCUUUGUAUAUAUCUUGGGGUACAUUUGACUCCAGGAAAGCCAUUUAUAUUUUCUUUGGCCAAAUAAUAAAUGUGCCCCUCUCUAUCUGCAGUAUUUGAGUUGCUUUGAGGGUUCUUUGUGGUUAUGUAACAAAAAUAUACCCAUCUUGCUUACCAAAGGGUGGUUACUGUGUUUCAUGACUAUUCUUCCCAACGUUUGGGGUAUUAAAACACAGAGUCCUUACAUGUCAGCUCCAGAUCUUAAGAAGAUUUUUAGAUUUUUAAAGAAUUGGACAGACUUGUGUAUGUCAGAAGCCCAUUCAUUAGAAGUGUGGCAGUUACAUGCUUUUAAACUCAGAUGAGCCAUAGGAAUGCACUACAUGAAGUAAUGCACUGAGUAUGCAAUGUUAUCACUAUCUUCGACUACGAUUUUGUUUAAAAACGUUAUAAAACUAUUAUGUACAUGGGUGAAUUAUGUUCCCUAGGUACUGGUUUAUCUCUGUGAGUCUUUAAUAACUUUUUAUAUUUGGGUUAUUAUGUUGAACUAUCCUAAGAGAAAUGGAUUUCACUUCACCAAACCACCAUUAAUGACCACAUGUAUAAUUUGCACAGUGAAACUGAAUAUUAUCAAUAAGCUCAAUAUGAAAUCAGUUUUAUCAAACGGGUUCAGAAAGGGGCAUUUUGUAUUCUUGUUUCUGCAUAACCUUUUUUUUUUUUUUUUUCCCAGAAUUAACUAUAAGAAUCACUGGCUAUCAAAGUAAAAUUUGAUAUACUGAUUCCAUAAUACAUAACAUUCAGUUUUUACCACUCUUUAGCAAACAUAUAUAUGUACUGAUUUUCUUUUCAGAUUAAAAAAACAUAUUGUAUACAUCUUUUGCUUGUUCUUUUUAUUCUUGUAUCUAAAUACUGGGUAGUUCAUUGACUGGAAAAACACAAAUAAAUUAAUAUUUAAAAUGC